UGUUUAUCAGCUGUUUAGCUGUCAUACUUUCAAAUGUACCAAAACAUUGCGUAUUGAGCUGUUGAAAAGUUCAAUAUUGAUUUAAUUAUCUGGUUUAAUCGUUGUGAUACAAAUAUAUCUUUUACCCAUAUAAUUCCAAAAUAACAAUGGCUUCAGCCGUCACGGAUAAAGUGAAAGAAAGGCGAAAUAGGGUCUUACUAGGACAAUUACCCGAUGAUUUUCUGCGUAUUGCAGUUUCCCCUCAACAACAACAAGAGGCUGCAGACAGGCAAGCAGCCAUAGCUUUACAUCAAGCAUAUUCAGCACAGUCAUUGGGUAGGUUAAGUAUAACCGUUGUUCAAGCAAAAUUAGCUAAGAACUAUGGCAUGACACGUAUGGACCCCUACUGCAGAUUGAGAGUUGGACACUAUGUUUAUGAAACCAACACCGAUUCCAAUGGAGGGAAAACACCUAAGUGGAAUAAAGUUGUACAAUGUAUGCUUCCAAAGGGAAUAAACACGAUAUCAGUUGAAAUAUAUGAUGAGUGCUCGUUUACUAUGGAUGAAUUGAUAGCUUGGGCUACCAUUGUGAUUCCACAGCAGGUUUUAUCUGGGGAAACUCAUGAGGACUGGUAUCCUUUAACCGGAAAACAAGGAGAAGGGGUGGAAGGAAUGAUUAACUUGGUACUGAGUUAUACUGUAAGUCCCCCGUUCUAUGCACCUGAACGACCGAUUAUGGUGGUACCAAAUGUUGGUACAGGAGUAGGUAUGCAACCAACUCUGUUAGGAGGACCCACACCCACUCCGUUAAGAGUUUACACCGCCCCAAAUGCACAGGUUCCGGUAAUACCAGUCUUGAGUGAAUCUGAACUGAAACAAAUAGAAGAGAUGUUCCCGAGUAUUGAUAAGGAGGUUAUAAAGAGCGUAUUUGAAGCUAAUAGAGGCAAUAAGGAAGGUACCAUCAAUUCAUUGCUGCAAAUGUCGGCCGAUUAAUAGGAGCUCUAUUGAUGAUCUUGAUCCAUCUUUCAUUAGUAUUAAUAAUAAUGAAUCCUUCUGUCCGUUUUAUUGAAUGGAUUGUUUCCAAAUUGUACGAAAUUUACUCGAAACUUAUGUUUGAAUCUGGAGGGAAGGUUGUUGGUUUACGUAAUGUGAAGACUAAGUAUCGUUAUACAGGGUGUCCAGGAAAGAAUUAGUUAACAUGAAACAAUUCGAGAGAUAUAGUAGGCGCUCAAUAUAAAAUACAAAAAAACUAUUUGGAUGACUUUCUACCAAUUUAAAAUAGAUUUUUGAUAUUUUCUUACAUUUUAACACCAUAACAUCAAAUAAAUCGAAUCUAUGGAUAUUUUUUAUUCAUACUAUCCUCCUAAUGAACUCUUCAAUUAAAUGUAUGACGAAAAAUAUGAGUAGCGGUAGCAAUGGGGAAUUCUCCCCAUUCUAUAUAAAAUUCUACAAAACUUCGCAUUUCAAGCAUUUAAUUUCCUGAAAAACUCAUUUCAAGUACAUUCUUGAGAAAGAAAAAUAAAUAUGGGGAUUUGAAAUCUCAAAGAUUCCGUUUCUAUCUCACCAUUUGGCAACAUUGUCUACAGAUUUUACGUAGAUAAUUAAGGACAACAGAUUGGUUACGUGGAUUAGAUAAACGAAGAUGGCUUCUUGAGGAUCACUUCAUCUUCAGUAAACAAGACAUAAACUCUUUCUUUGACAGUUGUAAGUGUCCAAAGUGGUUCCAUCUCAUUAAGGAGUCAAUCCUUUCUGUCUUAGGACCACUUAUAGCCUACUAGAAAUCCUCUCUAACAGGCUAUGGACCUCUUCGUAACUAUGAUGAUAACUCGAUAAAAGUGGCACUGUUGCCAAUUCGUGCACAUGAAACGAAGUUAAAACCCCAUAUUUGAAAUAUUAAUUUGGACAGUUUCUGCUGCUGAUGAAUAGUGCUUCAUAUUCUAGAUCCAAAGACAAAAAUUGUAAGAAAUUUUCGAAUUUGUGAAAAUCUCAAUUUUCACUGAUAACUCCAAAAUGGUGUUCCUCAUUCUGUGUUUCUCAGAAAAAAAGCUCGGAAAUGUGCCAGUUUUUGGUCUAGUUCUACUUUCUGAGAACCCCUCAUGAGACACCCUCUAAUUUAUUAUUUUUUUUUCAUUGAGUAUAUACUCAAUACUUAUAACUAUAUGUCUCAAUGUAGAUUCUUUUUUAUUCCAUUUAGGGCGCUUAUACCUCUCUAUUAUUUAUUUCAAGUUCAGCCAAAAUUUCCUGGACACCCUGUAUGUGAUGGACGUUUUUGAAAAUGUCAGCAAGUAAGAUAGUGAUUUACUGAAUUAUCUUUUGACUGGAAGUAAGUUUAGUAUCUAUUUUCUUUAAUCCUUCGAGAUAUAAAUGAUAACAAUUUCAUAUACAUAUUUUUUUAUAUA